UAAAUUUUAUUUUACAAGAGUUUUUAUAAAGACAAUUAUUUUUGAUACGAUAUUUGUAUGAAGAAAAUUGUGGAAGUAUUGCACCAAAAAAAUAGUCAAAAGAGAAAUAUGAAUUAUCCAGUUUUGUUGAGUUUGUGUUUGAUUGUUUUUACUGCAUAUGGGAUACCAAUCAAUAACCGAAAUGAAAAACACGAUAAUCAAAUCGAAGAACCCAAUAACUUGCCCUCAGACGAUACAACUGAUAAUACGGCUCCUCAAGAAACAAAUAUCCAACCUCUAGCUAUAAGCGUAUUCGGAUUUCACCGGAAUGUACCUAAUGAUUCCAAUAACUUGCCCUCAGACGAUACAAUUGUCAAUAUAACUCCUCAAGAAACACAUGAAAAUACGACUCCGCAUGAUACGAAUGACAAUAUGACUCCUCAAGAUACGAGUGAUGAUUAAGAAAUACAAUUCAAAUAGAAAAUGAAAUAUAAUUAUUAUACUAUAAUUUUUUAAAAGCUAUUUGUGAAAUAAGUUAAUUUUUAACCACUUUUUAAUUUGUCUAAUAUUGUAUUAAAUUUUUUGAUUAAAAAUUUUGUAGAAUUA